AUGCCUUCCCCUCUAGAUAUCACGAUCAAGCACGCGGGCAAGAGCUACCCGAUCACUCUGGACCUCGACCAACCGGGUAGUCACUUCAAGCAACAGAUCUUUGAGCGCACGGGCGUCGAACCGAGCAAGGUCAAGGUCGUCGUCAAGGGGGGGAUGCUCAAGGUGCGCUUUCGACUGGAUCGGAAGAGAGUUCUGAUCGAUCUAGUCGUUGGAAUGAAAGGAUAACACCGUCUGCGAGCUGCUCUUCGGCGAUGACGCGUCGUCGCCCUCGCUUUCUUCAACCGAAGCCCUCCUCUGUCGAUUGCGAUGGCCUGAUCAGGCGCUGACCCUUCCUUGUUCUUCAACUUGCUUACUACAGGAUGAUGCCGAUUUGAAGAAGCUCGGGCUUAAAGCGGUCAGUGGCCUGACUUACUGAGGCUGAGCUCAGACUCGCACGGCGCCAUCGCUGAAUUUAAGCUUCCUCCAUCUCAAUGUAACACAGGGCCAGACCAUCAUGGUACGUCUAUACCGGAUCAACACCCGUUGAAAGAAAAACUCGUUGAUCACUUCAUUUUUCGCAGGUCAUUGGCGCAGCGGGUCCCCUGCCACCCCCACCGACCGAGAAGAUCGUCUUCAUGGAGGACAUGACCGACAUUGAACUGGCCCAAGCAGUGCGUUUAUGCCCUCCGCUUCUAAAUUUAUUAAUUGGUAGGAAUGUUUCUAACGCGUAAUCAGUAUCGUUCACAGGUCGCCACUCCUGUUGGAUUGCAAAACUUGGGUGAGUGCUCUAUUUGUCGCCCGCCAGAAAACCGAUCGCGAGCAACUCAUCUCGCACGACUCCUCAGGCAAUACCUGCUACCUGAACUCAACCGUCCAGGUCCUCCGAGCUAUCCCAGAGCUUCAAACCGCUCUUGACGCGUAAAUACAUUUCAAAUCUGGCCAUUCCCGUGUCCUCCUCUCCACCUGACUUUUGCUCCUUCUAAAAAUCGUGCAGGCACCCCGGCUCAUCGUCCUCGGCAGCAUCCGAAUCCUCCCUCACCGCCUCCCUCCGAGACCUAUACAAGAACAUGUCCUCGACCCAGGAGGACUUUCCUCCCGUCGUAUUCCUCCAAAUGCUACGUCAAUUUGCACCUCAGUUCGCCGAGACCUCUCGAUUGGGCGGAGGAGGUUUCGCGCAGCAGGACGCUCAGGAGGCGUGGGCCUCGAUCGUGCAAGCUGUCAAGACGAGCUUGGGAUCGAGUGGAUCGGGGUUUGUAAAUCAGUACAUGAUGGGCGAAAUGACAAAGACGUGAGUUAUGGGUGGGUAAGUUUCUAGUGGGAUCGUUGACCGAUCAUGACUGCUCUUCUUUUGGUCUGAGCAGGCUCAAGUCGCCCGAGGCGCUUGGGGAAGAGCCGACGGUGUCGAAGGAACGCUUUCUCGAGAUCAAGUGUCCCAUCUCGGCUUCAACAACAUACAUGAUGACGGGUAUCAACGAUGUAAGUUCGAGUUGAAGCUUUUGUUGCGACGUGGUCAAGCAUUCCCACAACACUCACUCGUCCUUCCCCCACGAUGACCAGUCGUUGAACCAAGACAUCGAAAAGAUCUCGCCCACACUCUCCCGCCAAGCCGUCUACCACGAAACGUCCCGCAUCUCUCGCCUUCCCUCCUACCUGACCAUCAAUUUUGUCCGUUUCUACUGGCGCCGCGAGAUCGGCAAAAAGACCAAGAUCAUGAAGCGCGUUUCGUUCCCUCACGAUCUGGACGUGAUCGACCUCCUGACGGACGACUUGAAGAGUAAAGUCAAGGGGGUGAAUGACAAGUUGAAGGAGGUGGACAAAGAUCGUCGCGAGCGGGCCAAGGUUCGUCGAAGGGCCAAGAAGGUCGAUGAGGCGAUCGAGGCUCCGAUGCCUUCCACGACGACUGCCGCUGUUGCUGCACCUGCGAACCCAUCCGAUGAUCCUCCCGAAGCCAUGGCCGUCGACGACGCUACCCCUUUCACAACCAAGGCCGGCGAACUGGUCGAUGAAACCUCGAAACGACAUGAAGAAGCCCAACUGUUGAACUCGCUCGUCGACCCUUCUCUCAAAGCUGAUAAGGGAGCCAAUGUGUCGGGUCUGUACGAAUUGGUCGGGAUCGUUUCGCAUAAGGGAGCAAGUGCGGAUGGUGGGCAUUACGUAGGCUGGACUCGAGCGGAUGCGAUGGAUCGUUCGAAGAAUCCUGACCACAAGGGGAAAGGGAAAGAGGUUGAUGUGGCGGAUGUCGAGGACCCGGAUAAGGUCGAGUGGUACAAGUUCGACGAUGAGAAGGUGACGACGGUCAAGAGGGAGAAGAUCACGCUGUUGGAGGGGGGUGGGGAGGACCAUUGUGCAUAUAUCCUCAUUUAUAGAUCAAAGUCGGUGGAGUAG